AUGCAGUCAAAGUUGCAGAAGACAAAAGUAGAAGAGGUUGCCAUGAUCUUGAAAGGUUUACGGUUCAGAAGAAAUAGGAUGGUAUUUGAAGGCAAGUUCGAUAGCCCAAGUAAGGUGAUUGCUGCUGCUAUAUCAGGUCUUAAGUGUUUUCAAGAAUCUAGACUUGAGGGGAACCAGACCAAGGGGGUAAACAUCCAAAGAAGGAAAGAUACAAAGUGGAAGCCACCAGAUGAAGGUGUAACAAAGGUAAAUUUCGAUGCUGCUAUUGAUAAACCGAAUAACAAAGUUGGGUUGGGUAUAGUAGCAAGGAAUUAUGAGGGAGAGCUUUUAUUCUCAUUAUGUGCCUCAAAGAUGUUUAGUGGAAGUUCAGAUUUGGCUGAAGCUAUUACCUUAUGGAGAGCUAUGGAUCUAGUUGUGGAACUAGAUGGUCGAAAUGUGGUUUUUGAAGGCGAUGCUGAAAGAGUAAUAAAAGGGGUAGCAAGGAAGGGAAUCAUAUGUGCUUUGAUGUCUCAGCUUUUUGAUGAUAUGUGA